AUGACAUCGCCUACGGGUCUCGGCGCAACGAUAAUCGCAGUUUGUGUGUCGCUGACCUUAUUGGCGGGUUUAUUUUUGGGUCUACGAUUGUAUUGCAAGAUCAUUCGCCAUCGGGGCUUCUGGUGGGAUGAUUACAUCUUGAUUGCGGCAUGGAUCUGCUUGGCCAUCGGCACUGGUCUCGUCAUCUUCAACGUCACCCUCGGUUUCGGUAAAGACAUGUCAGAGGUUGAUCCAGCAGUCGUACCAAAAAUCGCACUUACCGGAACAAUCUUCGGCCUCUUUGCAGUAUUGUCCGCAGCAUGGAGCAAGACGUCAUUUGCAUUGACACUGAUCAGACUAGUCGAUGGCUGGAUGAGCUGGUUUCUCUGGUUUCUCAUCAUCGCGACAAACAUCACCAUGGAUCUGGUUAUUGUAUUCUCUUUUGUGAAAUGUACGCCGGCCAAGAAGGUCUGGCAUUCGAAUCUUCCGGGAACCUGUUGGAAUCCUAUGGUCGCGACGUACUACAAUAUCUUUGCUGGAGCUUUUUCGGGAUUAGUUGAUCUUAUCCUCUGUGUCAUUGCCUGGACAAUCAUUUGGAAGCUUUCCAUGCGGACACGAGAGAAAAUCGGAGUCGGGAUUGCUUUGACCUUUGGUGUUUUUGCCGCCGCCACUGCAGCAGCCAAAUGCUACAAGAUGCUCGGCCUUAGCAGCAAGAACCGGACUCUGGAUAGAGUUGGCAUCAUUAUAUGGGGCACUACCGAGUGUGCCGUCACCAUCAUGGCAGCAUCCAUUCCCGUCAUGCGCAUACUGGUAUUGCGCGUUUACCGCCGCACGCCUGAUCAAAUCUCCAAUCGACCUCUACGCACUCUUCGAGUAAUCAGUACUCUGGAUAAGAGAGCUUCAACAAACAACACAAUGCCAAGCUAUAAUACUGAAGAAGGCGCGAAUAUGCUAACAGAAGAAGGGUUAAGAGACCUCAGUCUACCAUCACGGACAAUCUCAGCUAGGCAGAAUGAUAUAGGUCUGUAUGAGAUUAAUGGAAAGGGUUAA